GACGUAGUGAGAAGUUCGCACUAUCGUGAACGCGGUGAAGACGAGAGCAACUGACUCAAACGAUUCGCUUCCAGGACCGUCAUCGGUUCUUGCCAUACAAUAAAUUUAUUAAUUUAAAUUGUGUAUGCGUUGUGCCCGGUGUUUCGGUUGUUGGGGCCGCUAAAUAGAACGAUAUCGGUUUGCGUGUGCUUCCUUGACCAGGAGACAACGAUCUUAGUGGCUGCGAGGAGACACUCGAAAACAUCUGACGCGUUCAGGUAUAGUUUGCCUUACUGAUCCACGAACAGCCGGUUGUGUUAAUCAGUGUGCGAUAACCAAUAGACACGACAGGCGGCGGCGGUAGAAUUUUCGGAGACGCACGUGGAGGCAUGACUGCGACCAAUACUUAUUGGGAAGCUAUUUGAAUUGUAUCGUUCCAGUCGUUUUAUCGUUUUUAAAGAUUAAUUUAAAGUGCCCCAUUGAAGGCACUGAUUCAGUUCACGAUUUGUCUGCGCUCUGUUUAGUUGAUUGUCUCGUGAUCCUUAUGCGGCAAACGCAACGGAGGUUUAUCUCUUGUUAGAGGUUCACUGCAGGCUACUGGCACGCGAGUUGCACGAGAUAGUAGAAGUGGAACUGGCGCACCAUAAUCGGAACGAACAGCGCGUACGCUGAGCUGUUUGGAAGGAAGAUUUAAAAGUAUUCGCAGAAUUUGACACAUACUUUGGAAAAGCUGCAAACUCGAGUACAAUGCAAACCACGCUUGCAAUUGAUGCCAUUCUGUCGAGUUUGUUCCUGCUCCUCCUGGGCCAGAUGAUCCGGGCAGCAGAAAGUACCAAACGGCCGCACAUUGUUAUCAUCCUUGCCGAUGACAUGGGCUGGAACGAUGUAGGACAUCACGGUUCGAAUCAAAUUCCGACGCCUAACAUCGAUGCGCUGGCGUACGAUGGCAUUCUCCUGAAUCGGCACUAUUCCGCCCCGAUGUGUACACCUUCGAGGGCGUCGCUGAUGACGGGGCGAAAUUCUAUCAACACCGGGAUGCAGCAUUACGUCAUCGACUCCGAUGAACCGUGGGGUUUGGGACUGGAUCAGAAAAUUAUGCCGCAAUUUUUCAAAGAAGCCGGCUACAAAACGCAUUUAGUUGGCAAGUGGCAUUUAGGAUUCUUCGCGGAGUCGUACACACCAACGAAACGUGGCUUCGAUAACCAUAUUGGUUAUUGGGGGCCAUAUAUCGAUUACUGGAAUCAUACCCUGAAGAUGUCGGAUCCUUCUAAACAAUAUGUCGGUUACGAUAUGAGACGCAAUGCCACAGUCGAUAUGAAGUCACACGGUACCUAUGCCACGGAUUAUUUCACCGAGGCUGCCAGUUCUGUCAUAUUGGAUCAUAACUCGGAAGAGCCCUUGUUUUUGGUUGUAAGCCAUUUGGCUCCGCAUGCAGGCAACGCAGACGAUCCGAUGCAAGCACCGGAAGAAACGAUCAACAAGUUUGGUUAUAUAUCGGACAUCGACAGACGGAUUUAUGCAGCAAUGAUUUCCAAACUGGAUGACAGUGUGGGUCAAAUAUUCAACACCCUGAAGACGAAGAAUAUGCUGGAAAAUUCGAUCAUUCUGGUCAUGUCGGAUAACGGAGCGCCAUCGGUUGGUAUGCACAGUAACACCGGCUCGAAUUAUCCGAUGAAAGGCCAAAAGAAUUCCCCGUGGGAAGGGGCCACACGUUCGUUUGCCGCUCUUUGGAGUCCACUGCUGCAAGAACGACAGCGUGUUUCCAACCAAUUCGUCCAUAUUACCGAUUGGCUUCCGACGCUAGCGUCAGCAGCCGGUAUAGAGGUUCCGUUUUCGAAGCAGCAUUCGGAAAUCGAUGGCAUUGAUCAGUGGGAAGCGUUAUCCUACGAUACUGGCAACCCACGCCGAGUGAUUCUGCACGUGAUCGAUGAAAUUGCCGGCUUCACUAGUUACAUGGAAAAUGGAUACAAGUACGUAAAUGGGUCAACCACACACGGGUUCUUCGACAAGUGGUUCGGUCUUCUAGAUGCCAACGACACGAUACCAAGUGAUGGAGAGUAUUUCGCCAGAGUUCUAGAAACGGAUAUUGCCAAAUGGUCGAAUGACUCAUUGACAAAGGAUACGAUUAAACAUCUUCGGAAGCACGCACGAAUUCACUGCGGAGCGUUACCAGAUGACAUUAACUUCUGUGAUCCGUUGAUCCAGCCUUGUCUGUUCGACAUCAUAAACGAUCCGUGCGAACUGAAUGACAUAUCUCACAAACAUCCAGAGAAAGUAGCGGCCAUCCAGUACAAGCUAAACAUUUAUCGGCGAUCUGCCGCCAAACCGCGAAAUAAGCCGGAUGAUCCUGCUGCGAAUCCUGCAAACUUCGGGGGCGUUUGGACCUGGUGGCGAACGGAUGAUGACGCGUCCGAAGAAACCGGGAGCUCACCAGAAAUCCAAGAAGACUACCCAUGGUUAAAGGAGUUGGAAAUUCCACCGCCACACUCCAGUUUGCCAGAGAAUGUCCGAUUAACGGUGAUCAUUACGAUCGUCGUCAUCGGUGUAGUGUUCGUGGUAGGAGCCCUAAUCUAUCUGUCCAACAAAAACCUACUGCGAACGUGCACGAAAGACAAGCUGGUGGAAAGUGGCCUUGCCUGCGGUGUGAAGCCAGUAAGUGAACCGAAGAGUACGUUACCGUCCGACAGUAGCAAUAGCAGCGAUGGUAAAAUGCCGGAAGGCUGCGAAAACUCCUCGACGGCGCAGAUAACUUCAAAGGCCUAUCGAAUUAGGAACAAUUUGGAAAGGUAUUGAUCAUGUUUUUUAGCGUAUGCUAACUUUUGUGUAGGCGAUAAGGUAAAAGGAUGCCGAAGUUACCACUUACCAUUAUGCCUCACAAACUGACACCUGAGACAUUUUUUGCAGGAAAAAAUAGCAUUUGUGAAAGGGUAUUUUUACUUAACUCCAUGAUUUUUCUUAUCUGUUUGUGCUUAAUAAGGUCUCAAUUAUCGACGUAUCCAUUGUAUUUAAACUACUUUGUUCAAUGUUAAGUAUCCACGGAACCAAGCUGUGGAUCUAGAAUCCUUGAGUAAUAGGUUAAUUUUGUUGCAGGGCUUUGCAGAACUGUUUUGUAUAAACUGGAUCUAGAUGUACAUUUGUACAUACAACAAAAAAGAAUAUAUCGAAUUUGUUACUAAUUGUGCUGUACUCUGCGUACUGUUUGCUCAUCUCACCCAACCAGUAGCUUUCUGAAGUUACAGGAGACCACCUCACUUUCCUAGCUUUAGACGGAUUGGAAAGCUCUUCUAGUAUUCCCGUUUUAUCUAUCUAAUGAAUUUGGUAGAAACUAGAAAUAUAGAAAACAGAAAUACCGGCUGAGUUGACAAAGUAUUAAAUACGGUGCAACGGUUUUUAUUUAAUUACCAAGCACACACUAACUGUAAUAGAUGAAUUUGGUCAGGCUAGCAUACGUAUACGUAUAUCAAAGAUGGCCGCAGAUGUGCCUUGGCGUAGGCACAUAAUUAAGGAUUGAAAAGCUUCGAUCACUAGUAUCAUAUGCUGUCACGACUCUUCCCACGUGAAAAGCUGAGCUUCUAGUUAUGGCCUUAUCGAUAUCAUGUACACAUAAACUAACCAAGAAAAUAGGAGACAAAGACUUAUCGAA